GGAAAUCCUGGAAUGCAGCUUCAGCAUUGCACAAUAAUUUCAAGCAAAUUCGGCUUUGGUGUUGAAUCGUCUUAAAUGCGAAAUGGCUAGUGAUCAACAGAAACAAAUUUUGCAGUACUUGCUUUACAAACCUCUAGUUUCAUUAAAGGAUUUGGAAAAGAUUUAUGCAGCUGCCUACGAAAAGCAAGGAAGAGGGGAAGAGAUUAGAGAUCUUGUAAGAUCCCUUAAUGACUUACUCAAGCCGGCUCAGCUGGGUAUCAAAUCAAGAUUGUGUGAAGAUAAUAAUGAGGAAUAUUUUGCUCUAAUCAACAUGAUAGAAAGUGAAGCAGCAAAACACACUUCUGAAUUCAGUCCUGCUGAAUUUGAGCUUUUCAAGUGGAUAAUGAAAGAAAUAGUUUCGUCAGAGUCUGGUUCAGUUUCUUCAAUAGACUGCAUCAACCAGAGUUCAUACAUUCCAAAACUUACAAAAACAGAUGCACAAAAGGCUUUAGAUAAAUUCUUAGAUUCACAAUGGUUGAAUGAGAGAGAGGGAGAAGUGUCUCUUACUGUCAGAGCAUUGUUGGAGCUGGAACCCCUGUUGAAGAAGCUUGACGAAGACCUUCAAAACUGCAAAAUUUGCAACAAACUUGCUGUUAAGAAAGUUGCUUGCCCGGAUUGCGGUGCGAAAUUCCACCGUUAUUGCAUUUCCAGGUUAAAAUUAAAAUGCCCAGCAUGCCACCAAGUAUGGCGAAGCUUGGAAGACGAAAGCACCCCAUCCCAAAUUUCAUUAUCACAGACGCUAUCACAAACGUCAAAUCCAUCAACAUCUCAAGUCCCAAACCGCCGAAAUGGUGGGGUAAGACGUGGUAGAAGCCACAUGGAAUCUGACGAUAGCGAAUAGUCAACAACUAUUAGAGUUUCAUGUGCUGUAAAUUCUAAUGAGCUUCGAAGAUAAGUAUCGAAUGUAUCCUUUUUAUUUGAUAAUCAAGCUAGUUUUUUCUUCCCUUUUUAUGUAAAAAAUGUAGUAAAAACUUCGUAUAUGCAGCUAA